GAGACGACGGAAUUGGAAUUUGGAACCGUCUGCCGUGCUACACGCCCUUCACCGGCGCUGCUCGGCUCUCCCCUAGCCAGCUAGCCUGCCCCAUUAUUCCUGGAACCUUCUCCCAACUUGCUCCACAUGUCUCCCCCUUCUUCACGUACGUCCAUUGCAGUAUUUAUACGGUCUCCGUUCCACAGGUAGUUUAAUUCACAGGUCCUCUGCAACAGUCAAAAGUUGAACUUUUAAGAGGGAAAGCUCAAGCUGACCGACCGAUCGAGCCCAGCAAUGGCGGCAGGGGCGGCGAGGCUGCUCAGAGCAACCCCCGCCGAAGCCAUCCAACACCCGGACAUCCGUCGACUGCCUUCAUCGUCGUCGUCCCCCACGACGUCCGGCCACGUAACCACCAGUUGUCGGCCGUGCCGCAUCCCGUCUCUGAAGUUCCCGCCGUUCCUGUGGGAGACGACGAAGACGCGGCCGCACGGGGUCGUCAGCCGCGCCGCCGAGCAAAGGGCGGCCCUGAUCACGCUGGGAUCAGCAGCGCCCGACACCACGCAGCUGGAGAAGAAACGGCGCGGGCUGCUGCGCCUGCCCGGAGACGCCGGCAGCGCAGACCUUCUGCUGCCUCUGGCGUACGAGGUCGCGAGGAGGCUGGUGCUGAGGCAGUUCUGGGCGACGCGUCUCGCGCUGCUCACGCACCGGUGCUGGGCCAAGGUCGCCGAGGCCGUCAUCCACCAGGUCGUCGUCAGAUGCCAGUCAUUCACGCUGAUCGGCGUGGCGGGGUCGCUCGUUGGUUCCGUCCCAUGUUUUCUCGAGGGCUGUGGCGUUGUUCUCGAGUCCUUCUUGUUGCAGUUCCGUGCCAUGUCCCAGGUGGUAGAUCAAGCCGAGAUCAUCAAGCUCCUCAUAGAAGCGUUAGACAUGUUCCUGAUCGGCACCGCGAUGCUGACGUUCGGCAUGGGGAUGUACUUCAUGUUCUACGGCUCCAGGACCGCCCAGAACCCCAUCCACCAGAGGCUCAAGGAAGGGGCGAGGUUCCAGUCGAUCGUGCAGGCGAAGUCGAGGUUCGGCCACGCCAUCCUGCUCCUGCUCCAGGCGGGCGUCCUCGAGAAGUUCAAGAGCGUGCCGCUGGUCACCGGCCUCGACAUGGCCUGCUUCGCCGGGGCCGUGCUCGCGUCCUCCGCCGGCGUCUUUCUCCUCUCCAAGAUGGCCAUGCAUCCGCAGCGACCCAAGCCAGCGGCCUUCGCUGUGAACGGUUAAUUCUGCGUGUGACUCUGCAACAGAUCAAGGUCUCAACGACAUGGGAAGGGAUUGAUCUGGAAGAUUCAGAAUUGCAGACCCUGCAUUAUUCUCAUCCGUUUCACUCGGGUUUCUCAUCUUACUAACUGUUGUGAUAGGUGUAGCUGUGCUACUUAGCUAGCUCACAUUUAUUCGUUCUUUCGUGUCAGCAACACUAGUGAUCGUAGCAAAAAUGCAAAUAAUUUUCAUCUUUUUUUCACUGUCUGUAGUAUUGACAUUGUCAGUUUGUAAGUUUGUACGCGACGUUAAUAUAGCCUCUUGGCGAAAGAAAAAACCAAAGCACAUGACCCCGA